ACCGUGUUUGCUUCCUCCCUCUCUCCCGACUUCCUUCCCGAGUCCGCUCGCCCUAAUCCAUCCCACCCAACGCCGCUCUACAGCUGCGGCCGCCCGCGCCCUAUCUCUCCUCCGUCGCCGCCCCCACCUCCACCCCCUACGCCCCCGCGCGCGCCGCCGCCGUCGCCGCUCCCCUUCAACAACCUCAUAGCUGCCGUCUCAACCCCGUCCGCGAUUUCGGCCCUUGGUUUUCCGAGGUUUGUGCGUCCCAAACCAGCCCUAGGAGGGAGGCCCCUUGUGACACCAUGCCAAAGAUAAAGACGAGCCGCGUCGAAUACCCCGAAGGAUGGGCGCUCAUUGAGCCAACAAUCCGGGAGCUGGAUGCCAAAAUGAGGGAAGCGGAAAACGACACGCAUGAUGGGAAGAGGAAGUGCGAAGCGCUCUGGCCAAUUUUCCGCAUCUCUCAUCAGAGAAGCCGUUACAUAUACGAUCUCUUCUAUAGAAGGAAAGAGAUAUCAAAGGAGCUGUAUGAGUUCUGCCUGGACCAGGGUUAUGCAGACCGUAAUCUGAUUGCAAAGUGGAAAAAGCCGGGUUACGAGCGCCUCUGCUGCCUCCGAUGCAUCCAAACACGAGACCACAACUUUGCGACCACUUGCGUGUGCCGGGUCCCCAAGCACCUCAGGGAGGAGCAAGUUAUAGAAUGUGUCCACUGUGGCUGCAAGGGAUGUGCCAGCGGUGACUGAGCAACUAUGUUGUCAUGAUAUGCCCUGGAAUCAAUGGACAAUGGUUUGUUCUCAAGCCCGGCUACUCUAGGUGUUUCCUAAGCGUGAUCUCUGGUAGAAACAACCGUCCUGUAAUCGUAUUGUAAGCACUACUCUGCUGGUACCAGCUGCCAAUUGCCCAUCUAAUUUCCUGACAUUGUGUUGAGAACCAGACACGUUGGAAUUGCUUUAUCACUAGGCUGCAGAAGUCUGAAGUUGUGACUUGUGCAUUUAAAUCUUUUUCGUUGAAA